AAAGACGUUUCUGAAGUCUUUUGGAUCAUCAGUAUCAAAUUGCAUUCAAAAUAAACACUACUUUGAACUUAUAAUAAAUAUUCAAUAAAUUUACCAGUUUAGUUUAUUAGAAGAUAAAAAUGAAGUGGAUAUUAGUUGGAGUAUUAUUAGCAAUAAGUUACAAUGGAGUACAAGGAUUUGUUUCAAAACCAACUAUUCCACGUCCUAAUCAACCACCAAUUUAUCACCCAAUACCGCCCUUUAAUCCUGGUCCUCCUAAAUUUCCUACUUACAGAUUCCGUCGUUCACCUCAAGGCUCAUUGGAUGCAUCAGUGUUGCAAUCUGGACAUGGACGUCCGCAAUUAAAUUUGGACUAUCAACAAAAAUUCAUGUCUAACGAUAAAGAGAGAUUUAGCGGUUAUGGAGGAGUUUCAUCUCCCGAUUUCAAACAUUUUCAUUCUCACGGAGGACUCAAUUACGAAUGGACACCUAAUAAAGAUACAUCUUUAGGAGUGCACGGAGGAGUUCAACAGUUACCUAAUGGUCGUUUUGAUCCUAGUGUUGGACUUAAUUUUGGAAUGCGGUUCCGUCGCGAUGUUGACCAACAACUUGAAGAAUAAUUUCUUCUAUUUAUAAUUUAUUUUAAUAUAAAUUUUAUUAAUUACG